CCCUUGCGUGCUCCCACUCUCUCGAGUCUAGUCUCUGCUCGCCCCUCUCCGCUUCCGCCAUGUCCGCCGCCUCGCUCUCCGCGCCGUCGCGAUGGCUGCCGCCUCCUCUUGGAUCACUCUCUCUACUUCUCCUCCUCGGCUGCCUCGCCGCGUCGGUCCCGUUGCGGGCGGCGGAGGCGGCGGGGGUGCUGAGGCAGGUGGUCGAUGGUGGUGGAGACGGCGACAGCGGGGCCUUCUACGAGCCGUUCAACGUCACCUACGACCACCGCGCGGUGAUCCUCGGCGGCAAGCGGAGGAUGCUCGUCUCCGCGGGGCUCCACUACCCGCGCGCCACGCCCGAGAUGUGGCCGAGCCUGAUUGCAAAGUGCAAGGAGGGCGGUGCGGAUGUGAUUGAGACAUAUAUCUUUUGGAAUGGGCAUGAGCCGGCCAAAGGCCAGUAUUACUUUGAAGGAAGGUUUGAUAUUGUCAAGUUUGCGAAGCUGGUUGCUGCUGAAGGUCUAUUUCUUUUUCUGCGUAUCGGCCCAUAUGCUUGUGCUGAAUGGAAUUUCGGUGGUUUCCCAGUUUGGCUGCGUGACAUCCCUGGGAUAGAAUUCCGUACUGACAAUGAACCCUACAAGGCUGAAAUGCAGACUUUUGUGACAAAAAUCGUAAAUAUCAUGAAAGAGGAGAAACUUUAUUCAUGGCAAGGUGGUCCCAUUAUACUGCAGCAGAUUGAAAAUGAAUACGGUAACAUUCAAGGCCGCUAUGGUCAAGCAGGGAAGAGAUACAUGUUAUGGGCAGCUCAGAUGGCACUUGCACUUGAUACUGGUGUUCCUUGGGUAAUGUGUAGGCAAACAGAUGCUCCCGAACAAAUUCUUGAUACUUGCAAUGCCUUUUACUGUGAUGGAUUUAAACCAAAUUCCUACAACAAGCCAACAAUAUGGACUGAGGACUGGGACGGAUGGUAUGUCGACUGGGGUGAAACAUUGCCUCAUAGGCCUGCUCAAGACAUUGCUUUUGCUGUAGCUCGAUUUUAUCAACGUGGUGGAAGCUUGCAAAAUUAUUACAUGUAUUUUGGUGGAACAAAUUUUGAGCGAACAGCUGGUGGUCCACGUCAGAUAACAAGCUAUGAUUAUGAUGCACCAAUUGAUGAAUAUGGUAUUUUAAGGCAACCUAAGUGGGGGCAUUUGAAAGAUCUACAUGCAGCUAUUAAACUCUGUGAACCAGCUCUUAUUGCUGUAGAUGGAUCACCUCAAUAUGUAAAAUUGGGGCCCAUGCAAGAGGCUCAUGUAUAUUCCAGUGGAAAAGUCCAUACAAAUGGAAGCAUUUCAGAAAACGGACAGAUUUGCUCAGCUUUUCUAGCCAACAUCGAUGAACAUAAAUAUGUUUCAGUCUGGAUUUUUGGAAAAUCUUAUAGUCUACCACCCUGGUCUGUGAGCAUACUACCAGACUGUGAAAAUGUGGCUUUUAAUACAGCUAGGGUUGGUGCACAGACUUCAGUUUUUACUGUUGAAUCAGGGUCCCCCAGUUAUUCAAGUAGACAUAAGCCUAGGACUCUAUCCCUUAUUGGUGAUCCAUACCUCUCAAGUACGUGGUGGACUUCUAAAGAGCCUAUUGGCAAAUGGGGUGAAGGCAGCUUUGCUGCUCAGGGGAUAUUAGAGCACUUAAAUGUGACAAAAGACAUCUCUGACUACCUUUCAUAUACUACGAGUGUGAACAUUUCUGAGGAGGAUAUUGCAUAUUGGAAUUCCAAAGGCAUUCUUCCAUCACUAACCAUAGACCAAAUUCGUGAUGUAGCACGUGUAUUUGUAAAUGGGAAGCUUGCAGGUAGUAAGGUUGGUCACUGGGUCUCACUGAAUCAACCAGUUCAAUUGGUUCAAGGACCUAAUGAGUUGACGUUGUUGUCGGAGAUUGUUGGCUUGCAGAACUAUGGUGCUUUCUUGGAGAAGGAUGGAGCUGGAUUUAGAGGUCAAGUAAAACUCACUGGCUUGUCUAAUGGGGAUAUAGACCUCACUGAUUCCCUUUGGAUAUAUCAGAUUGGUUUGAAAGGUGAGUUUUCGAGGUUCUAUUCUCCUGAGAACCAAGGAUAUGCUAAGUGGAGUAGCAUGCAGAAUGAUGACACACAGACACCAUUCACAUGGUUCAAGACAAUGUUUGAUGCACCGGAAGGUAACGACCCGGUGGCCAUUGGUCUUGGGAGCAUGGGAAAGGGCCAGGCUUGGGUGAAUGGGCAUCUCAUUGGACGCUACUGGUCGAUAGUAGCGCCAGAGUCUGGGUGCCCAUCCUCGUGCAGCUAUGCAGGAACGUACGGUGAUAGCAAGUGCCGAUCGAACUGUGGCAUGGCUACGCAAAGCUGGUACCACAUACCACGCGAAUGGUUACAAGAGUCAGGCAAUCUAUUGGUACUCUUCGAGGAAACAGGGGGAGACCCUUCUCAGAUAUCGCUGCAGGUUCAUUACACCAAAACAAUCUGCUCAAAAAUAUCGGAGACUUAUUAUCCUCCCCUUUCUUCCUGGUCACGUGCUGCCAACGGUCGUGCCACCCUGAAUACGGUAGCUCCGGAGCUUCACUUACAGUGUGAUGAGGGGCAUGUGAUCUCAAAGAUUACAUUUGCGAGCUAUGGAACCCCUUCAGGUGGUUGCCAGAACUUCUCUGUCGGGAAUUGCCAUGCAACGACUGCUCUGGACUUGGUUACAGAGGCCUGUGUCGGCAAUAACAAAUGUUCCAUCAGUGUCACCAACGAUGUAUUUGGCGAUCCAUGCCGAAAGGUCGUAAAGGAUUUGGCUGUGGAGGCCGAGUGCUCCCCGCCGUCGGCUACCAAAGAACCUCGAGAUGAUAUGUGAUCAAGAUAUGGUAAGUUGGCCCUGAAAGAGCCGUGGUGGAAGGGAGCGUUUCUACAGCCUUGCAGGAGCAGCUGAGCUGGGUGCUACGUUCCUGCAUCGUUGCAUGUCCUGUUCCUUUUCACCCAUGUAUGUAAAGACAAGCACCUACUUGGGUGACUGGAAUGAAAGAAAGGGAAAGAAUAAGUUGUUUCCUGCUCUACGAA